AUGUCUGCUCGAGCAGAGAAACCCAAGUCCCAGCCUGAUGGGAAGGCAGCUGAGAACAAGAUGUCUGCAAUGGACAAGAUGUCCUACAAGAUGUGCGUCUACGACCAGGAGAACUUCCAGGGCCGCUGCAUUGAGAUCAAUGCAGAGUGCAUGAAUGUGUGUGAAAUGGGAAUGGACAGGGUGCGCUCCCUUCGUGUCGAAUGUGGGCCAUUUGUGGGCUUUGAGCAGAUGAACUUUUGUGGUGAAAUGUUUAUCCUGGAAAAGGGUGAGUACCCCCGAUGGGAUUCAUGGAGCAACAAUCAGAGGAACGAUUACCUUCUGUCCUUCAGGCCUGUGCGGAUGGAUCCUGAGGAGCACAAGAUCUGCUUAUAUGAAGUCGGAGAAUACAAGGGUCGCAAGAUGGAGAUCAUGGACGAUGACGUUCCCAGCCUGAGUGCCUAUGGUUUCACCGACAGAGUGGGAAGCAUCCUGGUCAGCUGUGGAACAUGGGUGGGGUACCAGUUCCCUGGGUACCGCGGCAGCCAGUACCUGCUGGAAAAGGGUGACUACAAGCAUUUCAAUGAGUACGGCGCUCGCAACCCUCAGAUGCAGUCCAUUAGGCGCAUCCGAGACAUGCAGUGGCACCCACAUGGCUGCUACACCCUAUCCGCCAAGUGAAACUCAGAGAGGGUGAGGAAGAGGGGGUGCAGAGGAGAGGAGGACCGGGGAGGUGAUGGAGGGAGGGCAAAGAAGGAAAGGAACAGACAGAGGUUGCAGUGAUGUCUCCUUCAUUCCUAAAUGUGUCGUGGUUGGUGGCGCAGGGCAGAGGGAGUACAUUAUAGGACUAUUUAUAGCUGGAAGUCAGCGACCGAAGUAGAGUUACAGGAAGUUGCAGAGGAGAUAAUUACAAGAACCACAGAGACUAUAUCUGGUUAGAAACACCCUCUCUCUGUGUUUUUCCCUCUUCAACUGUCUCCUGGCUUCCCCAUGCAGCCCCCCCCUCCAUUCCUCACUCUCACACUGAUGUUGCACAUUUAACCCACGUCAGCCCUCACCAAACCUAUCAGAUGCGUUUUUCUGUUUGUGUGAUGGACAAAGAAAGACUGCAUGAAAGAAAAAAGAAGGAAAUAAUUAAAGUGUUCUCAUCCUGCUGCUACAUACUGCUAAUAAAGCUGCUCUCAUCCUGCUUCA